AUGAAAAAUGCAACGGAAAACGAUAGGGAAAGCCCAGAAAACAAGGCUGUACUACUACAACUUGGAGACAGAGCCAUGGACUACACUAGGAAGGCAAUUGAAGUGCAAGUCAAGGCAGCAGAAGUGCAAACCAAGGCAGCAGAACAUUUUCGUCUCCUAACGAGGCAAUCGAAAGGCGGAAAGAAGAAAGACCGUGAACCGCUCAUGAAGCAGGCCCAGCAAUUCGAAUUGCGGCGCGAGGAGUACAUACUUUCGGCCAAGAAAACAGAGAGUCGGUUACAGAAGCUCGAUACUCUGAAGAAAAGCCUUGAUCCUAACAAUGGAGCGAAUGUGACAGCGCCUAUUAACAGUGGGCUCAAUUUAAAUUCCAACAUCGAUAUUGUGACUCAAAUAUUGGAAAGCAGUCAGAUAAACGCCCCUGCGCAUCGGCGAAUUGAUACUUCUAAAACCCAGAAGACUGACGGCCCAAAAAGUGAGCAGAGCCAAAAGGAGACAUUGGGGCAUGUUGCAAAAUCCGUCGAGUCUAAGGAAUGCGGCCAAUUAUCAUCCAAAGACUUGGGACUGACUGCAUUGGAUGUUCCCAUGACCCCAGUUCCUGGUGUCUCUUUUGGUCUCGACAGGGUGCUUUUUAACCCCGGUGUCUACCAACUCCGGGAUCCUCGAUCUCGCGUUUAUAAUUUUGACCCCUACUUGGGCGAGAUUAUGCCCGUGACAGAAUUCGAUUUCGAUACCCUAAAACCGUAUGUCACCUCUUCUCAAGACGUGACGGCCUCUGAAAUGACUGCAAAGGCAAAGAAGAAGUACUACGGCUCGUCUUCUAGUAUGACAUCGGCUCUCUCUCAUUUCCAUUAUCUCCUUUCUGCCUGGCGUCCGAUUGACUGUCGUACCGUGUCCCGAGGCUUUUCGGAUACACUGCGUACUUUCACCCGUCUUCUUCGAGCGCCCACUGCUAUGUUUGUACACUACAAGGAGAAAGAAGACAUUUAUGCCAUCGAUGCCGAUAAGGAAUUCGACGGCGCGAACAUUCUCAUGAACCUGGGCAAGUCGAUGGAAAAGCUUCUCACCCUCCCAAAGGAAGAUUUCGAGCGUUACCGCCGGUCUAGUGCAAACAAGGUCACCCCCGAAGAAGAAGAAGCCGUCCCUGAAUCCUAUCACUACACAACUGCUGGAAAGUUUCUGAUGCGAUCACAACUGGAUGCCUACGACCCUAGACUGCCGGGAACCGGCAUGUUUGACUUGAAAACGCGUGCCGUAGUCUCCAUCCGCAUGGAUGCCUCAAACCACGAGAGUGGAAUGGGCUACGAAAUCAAGAACCGCUUCGGCUUGUACGAGUCUUACGAACGCGAAUACUUCGACAUGAUGCGUGCGGCCUUCCUGAAGUACUCUCUCCAGGUGCGUGUCGGCCGCAUGGACGGUAUAUUCGUAGCCUACCACAACAUUCAGCGCAUCUUCGGCUUCCAAUACAUCAGCUUGUCAGAAAUGGAUCAGUCUAUGCACGGCCAAACCGACACUGCGCUUGGAGACAAAGAGUUUGAACUCAGCUUGGGUCUUUGGGAGAAGAUUUUGGACAAAGCAACCGCCAAGUUCCCCAAGCAAUCUCUUCGCUUCCAUUUCGAGACCAGAGAGGCGGUGAAACCCUUCAUGUACAUUUUCGCCCAACCCGUCACCAAUGAACAAAUCCACGCCAUCCAGACAUCGAACGCGGCCGAGGUUCAAGCAUUCCAAGACAAAAUUCUGAACUCCGAACAACUCGCAUCUAAGACCAUGGAACCAGACGAGCCAACGUUCGAGGCCGGUCCCGCUGCCGAGCCAUCCGAAGACCAGCCUGACGACUACGACGAGAACAUCUUGGCCAUGACCCUUCUCAUCAACAACAAAGUGAACGGAAAUCCCGUCGAGCGCCCAACGAACUUCCGACGCAACGACACAUGGACCGUCGAUUACGAGCUCAAUGAGCUCCAUCCCAAGAAGGGCCAUGCCCUUUUGACGAUGUGCAAGAGGCGUCGUGCGGCUGUUCUCGAAAAAGCAGACGACGCCGCCGAUAAUGCGGAUCGGAAUGAGUACAUGCUUAGGCUGAAGAGAAUUGCUCAAGAAGGCCGCAAGUUCCGUCAGCGGGAGGACAUCAAAGAUCGUGAAGACGGUAUUGUUGUUUACAAGGACUCGAGUAAGUCUGCCUAG